GUCAGAUAUAAUGCCAAGUCAUCAGGCUGGCAGAGCAAAGCCAGGAAAGUGAACCAUGGCGUCUGCUUCCUACUCUGAAGAUCUGACUUGUCCUAUUUGUCUGACUAUCUUCACUGAUCCAGUCAAUCUUCCCUGCGCACACUCUUUCUGCAGAGGAUGUAUUACAGAUGCUCUGAGUUCACAGCAGCAGUGUCCACAGUGUCGGACAGCUGUUCCAACAGAAGUAAAAAGUCUUCCAACCAGCCAUAUUUUAAAAAGACUGGCUGAAAAGGCAAAAGAAGCAGAGAAGAUAAAGACAGAGCCUGCGAAGGAGAAAGCAGGGGUGUCUGAGUUGUGCCCUGAGCAUGAAGAAAAGCUGAAACUGUUCUGUGUCACAGAUCAGCAGUUGGCUUGUAUCAUAUGCCGAGAUGGGGAGAGACAUGAAGGACACAAGUUUAAACCAAUCAAAGAAGCAGCUGCAUCUGUGAGACAGGAGCUGGAGAAGGGGAUGGAGAACCUUUGUGGUGAUAUCCCUGCUAUAGAGAGCUUAGCCAACACACAGCGGGAAGAAAUAAGAAAAACCAAAGCAAAGUCUGAGCAGCUGAUGACCCAAAUCCACAGACAGUUUGAGGAGAUGCACCAGUUUCUGAGAAAGAGAGAAGAUGAGAUAAAGAAUGAGCUGAAACUCAAAGAGCAAGAUGAUGUUGAGAAAAUGAGCAAGAGCUUGAAGGUUAUAGAAACAGCAUUGUCUGAGCGCAGAGAGCUGGAGGCAAAGGUAACAUCAGUUGUGAAAAUUGAGGACUCAGAGAGGCUGUUAAAGAGAUGGACUGAAGGGAACAGCAGGGUGACUGCUGAAGAUUUAAUCAAACCCAAAGCAAAUGAUCUCCAAGUGGUGGAUAGCUCUCUCUCUCUGGGGCCUUAUGAAAGCCACCUGCAGUUCUUUAUGUGGAAGGAGAUGCUUCAGGUGAUCCAGCCCCGAGCAGAGCUGCUCUCACUCAAAAGCAACAGUGCAGAUAUAGCUGUGUCUGAAGAUGGGCGGAGUUUGUUUAGUACACCCAAAAGCAACCAAGCUUCAUUAGGUUCCUUCUCUACUUUUGGCUCAGCCACAAGCCAAGCCAGAGCCUUUGCUUUUGCUGAUUUCUAUGGAACACCCAAAACCCCUGAUUAUCCUUCCUUCUCUGGAUUUGGCCAAACCACAGCCCCUGCUUUUGGCUCCACCACAGGAUUUGGCCAAACCACAGCCCCUGCUUUUGGCUCCACCACAGGAUUUGGCCAAACCAUGACCCCUCCUUCUUUUGACAAUGACUGUGUCAUCCACACAAAUCCCGAGUUCACUUCAGGGCAGCAUUAUUGGGAAGUAGAAAUUGGACACAGGGACUAUUGGGAACUGGGGGUAAAAGAUAAUUUCCUGAAAUAUGAUGGGCAACAAUAUUCCAUCUGUAGUCCAAAUAUAAUCACAGAGCUAGGUUAUGAAGACAGACCACGAAAGAUUGGGGUUUACCUAAACUGUGCAUUGGAAAAGCUCUCCUUCUAUGAUGCAGACAACAUGAAGCACAUUCACACUGUGAGCUCAAGCCUCAUGUCCACGCCACUGUCAGCAUAUUUUCACAUUAGAGUCACAUCACCUGAUCUUAACCCUCUGACGGUGUGCUGGUACACCAUGGCGUCUGCUUCCUACUCUGAAGAUCUGACUUGUCCUAUUUGUCUGACUAUCUUCACUGAUCCAGUGACUCUUCUGUGCGGACACUCUUUCUGCAGAGGAUGUAUUACAGAUGCUCUGAGUUUACAGGAACUGUGUCCACAGUGUCGGACAGCUGUUCCAACAGAAGUAAAAAGUCUUCCAACCAGCCAUAUUUUAAAAAGCCUCGCUGAAAAGGCAAAAGAAGCAGAGAAGAUAAAGACAGAGCCUGCGAAGGAGAAAGCAGGGGUGUCUGAGUUGUGCCCUAAGCAUGAAGAAAAGCUGAAACUGUUCUGUGUCACAGAUCAACAGUUGGCUUGUAUCAUAUGCCGAGAUGGGGAGAGACAUGAAGGACACAAGUUUAAACCAAUCAAUGAAGCAGCUGCAUCUGUGAGACAGGAGUUGGAGAGGGGGAUGGAGAACCUUUCUGAUGAUAUCCUAGCUAUGGAGAGCUUAGCCAACACACAGAGGCAAGAAAUAAGAAACACUAAAGCAAAGUCUGAGCAGCUGAUGACCCAAAUCAACAGACAGUUUGAGGAGAUGCACCAGUUUCUGAGAAAGAGAGAAGAUGAGAUAAAAAAUGAGCUGAAACUCAAAGAGCAAGAUGAUGUUGAGAAAAUGAGCAAGAGCUUGAAGGUUAUAGAAACAGCUUUGUUUGAGAGCAGAGAGCUGGUGGGAAAGGUGACAUCAGUUGUGAAAAUUGAGGACUCAGAGAGGCUGUUAAAGAGCUGGACUGAAGGGAACAGCAGGGUGACUGCAGAAGAUUUAAUCAAACCCAAAGCAAAUGAUCUCCAAGUGGUGGAUAGCUCUCUCUCUCUGGGGCCUUAUGAAAGCCACCUGCAGUUCUUUAUGUGGAAGGAGAUGCUUCAGGUGAUCGAGCCCCCAGCAGAGCUGCUCUCACUCAAAAGCAACAGUGCAGAUAUAGCUGUGUCUGAAGAUGGACGGAGUUUGUUUUGUACACUCAAAAGUAACAGUGCAGAUAUAGCUGUGUCAGAAGAUGGACAGAGUUUGUUUUGUUCUCCCACAAGCAACCAAGCUCCAUCAGGCCAAACCACCAUCCCUGUUUUUGGUUCCGCCAAGAAAUCAGGCCAAACCACAAUACCUCUGUUUAGUUCCACCAAAGGAUCAGGCCAAACCAGCACCCCUCUCUUUGGUCCUGCUAACGGGUCAAGCGAAACCACCAUCCCUCUGUUUGGUUCCGCCAAGGCAUCAGGCCAAACCACCAUCCCUCUUUUUGGUCCCACCAAAGGAUCAGGCCAAACCACCAUCCCUCUUUUUGGUCCCACCAAAGGAUCAGGCCAAACCAGCACCCCUCUUUUUGGUUCUGCCAAAGGAUCAGGCCAAACCACAAACCAUCUUUUUGGUCCCCCCAAAGGAUCAGGCCAAACCAGCACCCCUCUUUUUGGUUCUGCCAAAGGAUCAGGCCAAACCACAAACCAUCUUUUUGGUUCUGCCAAAGGAUCAGGCCAAACCACCAACCAUCUUUUUGGUUCUGCCAAAGAAUCAGGCCAAACCACAAACCAUCUUUUUGGUUCCCCCAAAGGAUCAGGCCAAACCAGCACCCCUCUUUUUGGUACCCCCAAAGGAUCAGGCCAAACCACAAACCAUCUUUUUGAUUCCCCCAAAGGAUCAGGCCAAACCACAAACCAUCUUUUUGGUUCCCCCAAAGGAUCAGGCCAAACCACAAACCAUCUUUUUGGUCCCCCCAAAGGAUCAGGCCAAACCACCAACCAUGUUUUUGGUUCCCCCAAAGGAUCAGGCCAAACCACCAACCAUCUUUUUGGUACUCCCAAAGGAUCAGGCCAAACCACAAACCAUCUUUUUGGUUCCCCCAAAUGAUCAGGCCAAACCACCAACCAUCUUUUUGGUCCCCCCAAAGGAUCAGGCCAAACCACAAACCAUCUUUUUGGUACCCCCAAAGGAUCAGGCCAAACCAAAGCCUCUGGUAGUGUCUUCACAGGAUUCAGCCAAACCAUGGCCCCUUCUUAUAAAUGGAGUCUCCACUCAUAAAAAUCCUGAGCAGUGUGAGGACUAGUCUCUCCGGUCCUCCUUAUUUACAAACCAUGCAUUUAGUGUCAGUGAAUUCACUUUAGGGCAGCAUUAUUGGGAAAUAGAGGUUGGCCUCAGGUGCUAUUGGGAACUGGGGAUAAAAGAUAAAAGAUUCCUGAAAUAUGAUGCGCAAAAAUAUUUCACCUGUAGUCCAAAUGAAACCACAGAUUCUGAUUCUGAAUUCAGUUGUGAUUCCGAAGAGCUAGCAUUUACAGACUGACCUCGAAAGAUUGGGAUUUACUUAAACUGUGCAUCCAAGAAGCUCUCCUUCUAUGAUGCAGACAACAUGACGCAUAUUCAUACUGUGAGCUCAAGCCUCAUGUUCAUGCCACUGUCAGCAUAUUUUAACACUGGAGUCACAUCACCUGAUCUUAACCCUCUAACAGUGUGCUGGUACUGAAGUCAAGAUCAGUAUCAUUGAAUAUACAACUGGUACUUGCUAUGGUAGCCAGCUUUUUCAGGAGCAAAAAUUGUCCCUAAAUUAGGAAAUUUCCAAGUUCUAUAUUGCAGGAGAUUAACAGCAUGAAUACAUAAAAAAGACUUUGAAUUAUAACAUCUUUUGCAGUGUAGGCCUAUCAUAUAAUUUUAGAGUUCUGUCUUUCUAUCAUUUCUUGCAUUGCUUAUGUAGGCUACAUUAAAGCCAGGAUAAAUGUUGGCAAUGUACAUUUCUGCACCACAUAUAUGUGACAUUUAUAUGUUAUGUAGCAGAUAUGCUUUACAUUUGUGUGUUUCAACUCUGUGGUUAACAUGUGGUUAUGCUUCGGCUCAAAAAAUACUUGGUUAUGGUUACAAAAAGAUCAUGUUUUGACUUAGAAUACAGCCAGUUUUGGUGCCACAAUCACGACUGGAAAUCCCACUAUGUCCCACUAAUAACACCCAGUUUUGUUUGCCACUGAUGCCUUAGUAAAAAGAACUGAUAUUGGUGGCACAAAUACGACUGGAAAUACCACCAAUUUCUGGCAAAAAAACAACAGGUUGUGGUGGCACAAUCAUGUCUGGAACUGUCACAGAUGUCUCACUAAAAAACACCAGCUCUUGGUAACACAGUCACAACUGGAAAUGCAGCCAAUGUCUCACCAAAAACCAACUUGUGUUGUAGUCACAAUCAUUGUGGGAGCUGCUGCUGAUGUCUUGCUAAAAAAAUAACUGAUUUUGGUGGCACAAUCGUGCCCAGAAAUGUUGCUAAUGUCACGCUAAAUAAUAACUGGUUUUGUUAUUUGUUGGUCUUGGUAUGAUAUGUAGGAAAUGCACAAAUGUAAUGUAGUAGUGGUUUGGAGAAACGUAUUAUGCAGACAUUUUCCCCUGGCAACUGGGCUUGUUAUUGGGCUUGUUGAUAUGGUGUAUGUGGAGUACCAGCUAAAUGAAUAUACAUUUUGUUGUCUGUAUUUGAAUGAUAUGUUUUGUGUUUGUCAUCUGAUUUUGAAUGCUAGGACUUAAUUAUUUGGGAUUCUGUGUGUUUUAUAUUAAUGUACUGACGUGGAUCAGAUGUCAGAUGUCAGAUGGGUUCGCCACCCUGCACCACCCUGCGCCGUGCCGGGAAGCUAGAGGCCAUAGUCUUAACAAACUUGAGGAAACUAAGAAAAUCAAAGCACCAUCAGCAAUACAACAGUACAUCGUUGACGCCCAGCUCGGUAACUCUAGUGGGAAGGUGAUAUCUAAUCUAUAGGAAAUUCUUAAAUCAGUGGAAUCACAUGAUUUGUUUUACAUCAACAUAAAGUGGGAAGCAGAAUUACAGUCAGAAAUCUUGACUGAGACUUGGGAGGACAUCUGUUCUGAAUCUCACUUGGUAACUUGCGCCAAUAGUUGGAGAGUAUCUAAGAAUUUAGGGAUGCAUGAUGUUGGAUUUUUUGCCAAUAUCUGAUAUGCUGAUAUGUAACAACUCAUUUGGCCAAUAGCUGAUAAUGAUAUCAAUAUAUCCACUAUUUUCCCACCUAAGUUUAGUGAUCAUCAAGUCUCUUCUGUUAUGGAAUUAACAUCUUCUUAUGCAUGCAUAUUCUUAUCGUGAUGACCCACCAGCAGAUAGAGACAUAAAAUAAAAUGCUUUUAAAUGUAUGUGAUAUUAAUUGAUUGAAAAAGCAUGUUGGCUGAUUCUGAUAGUUCAUUUUAAAGCCAAUAUUGGCUGAUACCGAUGACAUGCCGAUAUUAUUGUGCAUCCCUUGAAGUUAUUUCAGAACACCACACAUAACAGUGAAGACUGGGUCAUCAUAUUCCAGCAACUGCUGGAGGAAUUGCAGGGAAACACAUUACAAUUUUGUAACAAACUGAAGUAUACUGGGAUUAGAUCUACAUAGUUCUUAAUUCCAUUUUUUAAGUACAGAUCCUUCAAGAACUCAAGAACUGUUUGUUGCUUUACUGGAAGUUAUCCUUAAGGAACUGAAAACAGAAAUCACUCAUAUUUUCUCAAGAUUCUCAUAGUGGUGUGUGUGUGUGUGUGUGUGUGUGUGUGUAAAUGCACAUUUUACUUAAUUCUCUUAUAUAUUUUUAUUCCUGUGUUUUUGCUUUUGUUGUGUUCUCAGUAAUUCCCUAUGUAGACAUUGCCAGUUUGUAACUAUUGACAUUGUUUGGAGUCAGACUUGGAUGUGUGUAUAAUCCUGUGGGACAGACUUUUUUACGCAAUGGCACACCUGAGUCUGUUUGGUUUAUAUAUCUGGAGAAGAGCAUUAGCUUGAAAUGUCACUUGUGGAUGUGCUAAUAAAUUGCACUUAAGGGUUCAA